CACGUUCGUUGAACGCUGUGCAUGUCGAUAUCAUGUGACGAAGUGGGUACGGUGUAGAAUAUAUCGCUUGUGUCAACAUAAAGUUGGGAGAGGGGCCAGCCUUACCCCAUACAGGUAAUAGCUUCGCCCCCAGACAUCUGGCUGAAAUUACCGUUACUACACAGAGUGUGUAAACCUCCUCAGGUAAGCUCCGAGACAGGACAGAGGACAUGUGAGUCAUUCAUCAUGGAGGGGCUUACCUUCGCCCCGGUCCUGGUUCGAACCCGGGUGUCUGACCAGAUGUGGUUCAAGUCACACCACCCUCGGGAUUGCGGGUAGCCGUUCUCAGAUCCGGAGCCAUUGGACAAGCAGCACCACUAGAUGUGUUUUUUUGUGAACAAAACAUUUAAAACUGGAUUUAUCUACAUAUAGAUGUAUUGUAUGAUUCCAUAUACAGUCGAACCCCCUGAUUGGAACUCACAUGUGUCGAAUCCCCGGUUGUGUCGAGUUCACAGUCCGGUCCCGGCACACUCUCACUAUAUUUAUCACUACGUUAAUCUGGAUGAGUCGAACUGGAUGUGUCGAAUUCCCGGUUGUCUCGAACUCAAUUAAAAGAGUUAAAAGAAGAUAAAACUUACAUUGGAUUUGGGGGCCAGUAAGCCUCCCAGAACUAAGCAUGGCAUUCAACACAACUGACAUUCCAACCCUCCAAGGGGAGUACUCGUCCCCCCUCAACUCUGUCCUCAUCAUGUUCACAGUCGUGGGGGUAGUGUUGAACUUCGCGUCCGCCCUUGUGAAGCUUCUGCUGAAGUUCGCCAUGCCCCACACGUGGAAGUUGUCCUGUCUUCUACUGGACGUGUCUCACUUCAUUCUAGGACUAGGGCUAGCGUUGUUGCUCUGUUAUAUCAGGUUCCAGGCGGAGAGUUUAUGUAAAGCAGCAGGGUUCUUUCUCAUGGUCGGCGUCCUUGACAGCGUCAGCGUCUACCUCAUAUCCAACGUCAUCAUCCUAUUUGUGCAAUACCCAGAAAAGCUAUCGGGGUAUUCCCAUUACCCAAAAUGGACCAUUCCAGCCAUGUUGGUCCCGGAGAAGGCGUUCACUCUCCUCCUCGCCCUCUUCCCCUUCCUCCCCAUCCACUACUUCAACGACAACGACGACCCCUACGUGAUCACCUGUCUCCCCGUCCGGGAGACUAACGCCAAGGGAGCGGGAUAUGGCGCGGCGUUGAUGUUCAUCUCUUGGAUAGUCCUCAGCAUUGCCGUCAUCGUCUGCAUGGUGACCACGUUCAGACUGUGGAAGAGCUCCGGAGGGAGGAUCCACGCCUCAUCUCCGAACAUCUGGCAGAUGAUGAUGCUGAGUCAGGGCAAGACGUAUCAGAGGUUCCUCCUUUUGGAGCAGCUGGUGUGGAUGGUGGUGUUGUUCAUGACGACGGUCAUAAUCUACACCAACACAUCGCGGCUGCUGGUACCUCAGUGGAUCGCCGUCGUCGCCCUCAGUGUCAGCACCUUCUUCCACGCCGUCCUCAGCAACAUCGUUACCAUCCUCUGGAGCACCCUGUGUUGCAGGACGAAGCAACAGACCAAAGAACCCUACCAGAAGCUGAAGAAGCUGGAACUGCUGAAAAUAGAGGCCCCCGGCAAGUUGCGCAUGAAGGCCACGUGGUCUGUGGGUAAGGGCGUGUACAGGCGUGGUCUGCUGAAGGUGUACGGGGUGGACCACCUCAAGGCGUGGGCCCAGGAGAUCGUCAUCCUGGGGAUGAUGAGGAAGACGCAGAGCGCCAGUCUGCUACAGUGUCUGUGGACCAACAGCGGCAACCCGUACUUCGAGACGAUGACGCUCAUCACUGGGGAGAUCAUCCCUGGCGAGUCAAGACUGAUCUGCUUCGAGUUCACCAACAGCGGCACCCUGGACGACUUCCUGCACCAUCUAGACAUACCGCUGCCGGAGCCGUGUCAGAGAACCAUCAUCCACGACAUCGCUGAGGGCCUCUCCUGCCUCCACAAACACAACAUCCUCCACCACAAACUCACUUCCGCCUCCGUUUUCCUCAAGGGGUCCGUGCAGUGCAUGGUGUUGCGAGCGGCUCUUGGCGACUUCGAGGCUGCCCAGAUCUAUGGCUCACUACAAGGUGGCUCAUCGUCCAGCUCACAGGUCAGCAAGAAACAGUUCUUCCUCCCGGACAUACGGGCAUUUGCUCUCGUUGCCUUGGAGAUAAUUGGAUACGUGUGCAAAAAGAGAGAGGAUGAAAAACAGCCAUUCAGAAAAACCCGAAGUGAGAUCGUGAUAAGCUCCCAGAAAAGUGGCAAUCCAAAAUCCCGUGAAUCUGUACAAGACCUGGCACAUAAAUCCCGUAGUUUAGACGAACGAGCUAUUCUAGGAGAAACUGGAUUAAAUAAUAUUCCUCCAUUUGGUUCUCUAGUAAAUGUGAAAGAAGUCGAUCCACACCCCAACGUUCCGGAGGAACAAGAUGCAUGGGCACAACCUGUGACGUCUGUAAGGAUUACAGGUAAACUUAAGGAUGCGGGGCAGUCUGAGCAUGAUCACCUUAGUCGACAUGCCACUGAUGAUGGACGCUGGCUGAAGGGGAGUGUUCCUUGUAAGUCCCCUAAAGGGUAUGCCCGGGAGACACCCACGCCAGUGUUCAGGGCGGAACCUCCACUAUAUGAACAUGAUUAUGAGGAGAUAGAAGAAAUCACGGAACAAAUCCAAAGAGAUCAAAUUGUCAUUCAGCAAAUCCGUUACCCACGAAAAGAUGACAAUAGGUCAGAUGAAAGGUCCUGGCGAGAUUAUCCGAGCGGUGCGCAUUAUUCGGUACCUGCAGAUGUAAGUAAUCCUCGUUUCAUUGACCAGACUCAGAAACCUAAUUUACCCAAUAGGAACGCAGUAGGAGGAGGAGGCGUGUUUUUCAGGUCAGACCCGCUCCGGUAUUCAGCCUCCUCUGUCAGUACCUUGGAGGACAUUGAGGAGCACCUCCCGGAGGUGACUGAGGGAGGCGAACAUGUUGCUGCCACCUUGAAGGAUCUAUGGCUCAAAAAGGAAGCAGAUAAGAAGGAACGGUUACUGACGUCCUACAAUGAGAGAAUGAAAAAGGAGUUGAAAGAUGUGUUUUCCAGGAGGAACAGAAAGAGGAAAGACCAGGGCGUGUCCAGAGAGGCAGUGCAGGAAAUCUCGCGACCUUUGUCAGCACGGAGUUACCACGACAAUGGCACAACUGUUGUUCCAUUCAGUGGAGGUGAAAAGGAGACACAUUUUGGUGAUAGUAGACAGAAAAGACCACAAACUGCUCGACCCGCUCAACGGCAGAUGUCUGAAGGAUCGGGUAAGCCUGUGCCUCGGCGUCCUGCACCUCCACCACCACCACGGCCUGUUACAGCAGCAGCCACGACUCGUCCUCAAACACCGAGUCACGGAAUAAAGAAAGCACAGGCUAGAACAAAACUUAAAAGAGUAUUGGGGCAGAAGCAAAGCUCUGUUUUAACCAAUGCCAACUUAAACAAUACUCGGGGUCAGGGUGCAUCUAUUGUUGAAAUGAAGUACGCAUCAGUGAAAAAGAUUCCCCAAAUAAAAGACUCCUUCAAAGGUUCAGAGGCUGAUAUGGAUUGUGAACGCCUGCCACCUCCGCGUCCACAAACUGUUCAUCCCAAACCUCCUAAAGUUGGGCAUUUUUCCAGUUUCAGCAGCAAUGAUAGUUUAGGCAGCAGUUUCUAUAAGCACUCUCCCAGGAAGGCAGACGUGUCCCUUACCAGCGGAGAGCUCACGUCCCUGUCCUCUCAGGCAGAGACAACUCUACCUGAGCACGACGUGGAGGACGUCAUUGAACUUCCUCCAACGUACGAGACUAAAGGUGCACAAAAGGGGGGAAAGAUUAUUGAUAGUGGCUUUGACAGUGCAUCUAUUGCAAGCGAGAAUUCUUGCGAUGUUUCCAUGGUUGACGAAAGGUCCUGUUCCUGUCCAUCUGGAAGCUACACGACUGAUACGUGUAGCUGCCAGUGUUCCAUCACACCAACAUCAGGCAUGCAUACCAAACCACUGUAUGACAGACGGACAUCAUGGAGUAAAACCGAUUCGUUUUCAUCUUAUGACUCUACAGACCUGGAUCAAAAGCUUGAGAGACUCCGUAAUGGAGAUGUGCGUCCUUCAAAGGAUGUGAUUGGUCCAGAUGAACAGUACCCUAUGAUGGCUGCCAAGCCUAAGAUUGCUCAUCCAACACAGUGCAGUCCACACCAAAACAGGAAACAUCUUGGUAAAGUUGUGACAAAGACCCAGCGCACGAGGAGACAUGAUUUCGGCUCGGCGAGCAAACGCUACAAGGAACUCCGAAAGAAGGGCAUUCCUCUGAGAGUGUCUGUUGUAUCCAGUGCAUCAUCCCAGGAUGUGUCUGAUGCCACAGAUUGGGACUCAUACAUGGAAUCUACAGCUGAGGUCAUUGAAGAGGAGGACGACAGUGUUGUUGAUGAUAAUGAUGAUGCAAUUUUCAAUGCUCUUGACUCGCAAGGGGUCUUUGAACCCUCAGACACUGAUUCCUCAAUGGGUGUGAGACCUCUGCACCACACGAGACCCGUGGCAGUGGUACAUGGAACCAAAAGACCUCGCGAUACAGACAAUAGAACCAAUGCAAUGAUCCUAGAAGAUAUUAUCCGCGAACUACCUGAUGAAAUAACUGGGGCUUCUUCAAUGGAUGAUGAAACACAGUCUUUCCUGCAUCACUCUGAACCUAAAGCUGAAUUCAAAGAUGAGGAGGAGAUUGUGGACAUGGCUAUAGAGAUUCCGUAUAAGCCAUCGUCAGUAGUGGAUGCGGAGUUAGUUAUUGACAGACUCUUCACAAAGAGGAAUACGCUGAAACACAAGGGAAGCCUUCAGGAUGUGAUGGACCCUAUUCUAGGAUUUGAUGAGAAUCUUAUCAGAGAGUUAGCGAGCCCCACGUCUUCCUCUGGUAGGCAGACGGACCUCCCUGUACAGAUGUUGAAGGGAGUGACUAAGACCCAUGUGCAGGCGUGUAAGGAACUGUCCAGUAAGGUUCCACUGGUGCCCUUCUCGGAAUUGUUUCCUGCUACUAAUGGUCAGUUCAGGGUACUCAGGUCAAGACUAGAGCAGGUGGGAAACUUUGGGACAAUUGGGAAGCAGCUGUUGGACUGUGUCCAGCUGUGUUGGGUGAGUGACAGUCCGCCCUCGGCGUCCGAGCUGGUCAGUAGACUACUGGACACAGUCACGGAGACUGAACUCUGAACUAACACGAUGUCUUAGGCACCUGAGUUCAGCCCGCUUCUACAAGACCAUCUUAGCGCCAGUACUGCCGCAACUAUUGAUGUCAAAUAUGGCUGACGAUCGUCUUGGUGCCAACACCUCUGUGCACGGGUCCCUGGGCCCGGUUCCACAAAGCGAUAUAAGUUGAUCGUAGCUCCCAUACUUUAACGAAGGCUUACGAUCAUCUUAGCGCUAAGAUGGCUUUGUGGAACGGGUCCCCCGUCAGUAGAUUACAGGACAGCGAGACGAAGACUCUGAAUCUCACACCGCAACAGUUCCCGUCAUUAUUACAAAUGUGAUCAUGUCGACUGUAUAUUCAUCAUGGUAGUUCAUUCACAGAUGUACAUAAACAUGUAUUUUGAUUACACCAUAUGCUGUGAAUGUUAUUGUAAUAAGGGGUUAUGUUUGACUCUGUGUCGCCUAGCCUUGGACCAAAACCACUAUAAGUAUUAUGUUCAAAACACCAUUUAAUGGUUACAGGAUGAAGUCUUUGAUGUGAAGUUUGACGUUGGUGUAACUAGAAUGCGUGAUACAUCACAGUUUGAGAGCUGAUUACCCUAGUGUGACAGAUCCUUACUUACAAUACCAAGUAGUUGUUAGAUGAAUGACUGUUCUCCACUUUUCAUAUAUUCAUGGAAAGUUUCACCAAACUGCGGAUUUAUAUACCUCAUCAUAUUCAUUUCACAUUUGUUAUUAAGGCGCCCUGAAACUAAAUAUAGACAAAUCGCAACAUUCUCUUUGUGGCAAAACGUUUCUAAACAUCAGUCUUUGCAAGUAAGAUCGUAUAGCAUCAUUGAAGUGUCCCUUACAAAUUAAACCCUUGUGAAUUUACAAAUUAGCUGUUAUAUGUAGUUAAAACCAAUAAAACCUGGCAAUACGUGGAUGGCCUACGACUGAUCAAAUUAGGUCCAAAGUUUAUAUUUUGUACUAGUUGCUGUAACUUGUUUCUAAACUUUACUACCAAAGCCUCUAUAGGAGAAGCAAUGAUAGGCACAUACAUAGCAGGACUGGCUUGAAUUUGUUUUUAAAUACAUACCAUUCUUCCUCCAGAAUGAAGAAUGAGCACCAAGAAAUGAUGUUUUGUACUGACAGACAUCCCCUUCAAUACAGAUCUGAACUUCGUUAAUCGAUGCCUAAUAACUCUGCAGUCAAAUUAAGAGGCGCGUGCGUGGCUGCUUAAACUAGUCCGGACAUAUGCCGGUUUCAUAGUGCUACUCCACCGAGAUUCCAUGCUGGUAGUUUAACAUGAAUACCCCUCCCAGACACAGUAUACUAGACUCCGAGCCGACCAAUCCUUGUAAUGCCUAGCGCCAGGCACGGUAACAACAUGUACCAUCUUUUAACGUGUUUUGAUAUGACGCUGCCAGGGGAUCAAACCUCCGACCUGUGUAUCAUAUUGUUUCCAUCGUAUUUUUGAAAUUGAAACUGUCCCUGAUGGGGCUGCUUGUAUGUCUGAAACUUGUACCCUGAACCCAGAGAAGAACUGAACCCCGGUCUUCAGCCAGAGGAGCCAACGCUUUAGCCACUAAGCUACCCGAUCCCAUUCACGAUUGAAAAGUGCAGAAUCAGAUUUCAACAGGUAUGCGCCACUUCCACCAUAUAACCUUUAUGGGCAUUGUGUUGGUUAUGAUUGACUUGACUUCCACAUUUACGUUUGUAGUACAGUUAAUGAUAUAUUUAUCUUAAAACUAAACACAUACAAAGCUUUAGGAGUUUCUAUGGGAUAAUACAUUUUGUCUGUAUUUAAAGUUCAAACUACCCAUUAUGUUUAGCGCAUCCAUUACUCUCAACGUUUUUACUAUAUUCACAUUGUAUGUAUAAUCACAAUAUGCAAUUGUACCUUUUUAGCAGCCUAAGAAAUUCAGGUCUUUUAGGACUAGCACUAGUCCUCUCUGGACUAGCGGAAACUUACUUUCUCUAGUCCUCAGAAUGUGUAGCUAGUCCUGCUUGAACCAGACAAAAAUGUUUAAUAUGUUUACAUUUUCUGUCACUUGUAUUCAGUUUAUUGCAAACUUGAAGCAUUGAGAACUGGUUCAGAAUUGUUGUCCUAGUUUAUGAGGACCACCAUCAUUGGAUUUAUACUUGUCCUCAUCACAAUUUAGUUGUCAUAGGCUAGCGGACUAGCUGGAAUUUCGAAGGCUGCAUGGAUUAUUUUGUUAUAUACUUUCUGUACCGUCCAGAUCUACCCUGUGGUAUUAUUGUUAGAUAUGUGAUUUUAUACACAUCUAUGUACUUUAUUUAUGUAUAUACCCCUUAUUAAAAUAGCUAUACAUUCAUUGGCCAUUGAUGUUUCAAUAGUCUCAGGACAAUCUUCCAGGAUCAAGCGCGUUGACCCCUGCAUCCAUACAACACGUACCAUAGAAAAUCUUGUCUGUCAGAUCUAAGUGAUAUUAGUCACAACUGAAAUAGGAAAAAGUAAAAUCUCAAAAGAAAUGGCCAUAUGGGGUUACCUAUUUAAGCAUGUACAGCACCUUGGCUUAAAGACCAGGUGAAUAAACAUAGACUCAUGGUG